AUGACCAAACAAAGCCAUACCGAGCGAACAGCUCAUGAGCCCCGCGAUGCAACCCUCCACACUGUCACAAUCUCAAAGAUAACCCAAGUCUCUCCCACAAUCCGUCUCUUCCGUUUUGAUCUCGCAGAAAAUGAUAGCAUAACCUUCCUCCCCGGUCAAUGGGUCGACCUCCACCUCCCCCCAGAAACCAACAUCACCAAAGCAGGCGGCUUCACCAUCACCUCGUCCCCAAACCUCGCCCUAUCCAAUCAACCUUACCUCGCAACUCAAGACCAAGACCCCAACCACCCAACAACAGCAACACCAACCGCAACUACAGCCCCAACAACCCCCUACAUAGAACUAGCAAUCCAAUCCUCCCCCCAAAACCCCACCGCCGCCUACCUCUUCUCUCCCGCUUCGACCCUCUUGCACACUCCCGUUCAAGUCCGCGUCGGCGGGCGCUUUGUCUUUCCCCCACCCUCCCUACUACCCCUGAGGGCCGCGACCUCGAUAUCAACCUCAAAUUCAGCAGCCUCGGCACACCAUUCCCCACCCUCCCACCUCCGCAAACUCGUCCUAGUCGCCGGCGGAAUGGGUAUCAACCCGUUAAUAAGCAUACUCAGUUCAAUAAACGAGCAGCAGGGCGUGCAGCAGGCCAAGGAUGUGAGAGCUGACAAACACCGGGUGGAAGUGGAAGUGGAAGUGGAAGUGGAAGUGGAAGAAGUAAGGGUUUUAUACAGCGUGAAAGAUCCUCGAUUAAGCACUCCAGCCCCCAGCCCACAAGGUGAGGAAAAUCCGGGGGUGAUCAAUACCGGGGAUGUUCUUUUCCUGGAUCGGAUUGCGGCUGUGUUUGGUAGCGGACGGGUGAAGGGUGGGGUACGGCUUUUUGUGACGGGGUCCGGAGAAGAUGCUACUGCUUCUGCCACAGGGAGUCAGAAGGGGGAAGUUGAGUUGACUGCCGGUGGUAAUUAUAAGAUACCCCUCUUAAGACGCAGGAUGACAGUACAGGACGUGGAAGAAGCGGUGGGGGAGGAGGAUAAAGAGGACGCGGUGGUAUACGUAUGUGGUGUUCCGACGAUGACGGAUGAAUUUGUGGAGGCGUUGGUGGCGCGAGAUGGGUUUGGUAUGGACCCGGAGAGGGUGUCAUUUGAGAAGUGGUGGUAG